AUGAAUACUCGAGUCGUUGCUUUCCUCCUCUUGUUUAGUGAUGUAAUAUUUGUGAUUACUACCAGCAGUAUCUCUGCUUCCAAUAAUGAGACCGAUUACGAGGCGUUGUUGCAGUUCAAGUCCAUGAUCACCAAUGAUCCAUACGGAGCUCUAAGCUCAUGGGGCAACACAACUUCCUUUCAUUUCUGUGAUUGGAAUGGUGUUUCAUGGAAUCUCAGCUUCCUUCGUUUCUUUAGUCUCUGGAACAACAGCUUUCAAGGAAGCAUCCCUCAUGAACUGGGUCGUCUAUCCAGGCUAGGUGUCCUCGAUCUUCGCUAUAACAAAUUCGACGGAGUUAUUCCAAGUAACUUGUCUCGUUGUUCUAACCUUGAAAGGCUUGGCCUUUCUUAUAACAAGCUAACUGGAAGCAUACCCAAAGAGAUUAGUUUCCUUUCCAAACUUACUUUACUUAUAAUCGAUAGUAAUAAGUUGAUAGGUGGAAUCCCGCCUGUUUUGGGGAAUCUAACAUCAAUGCAAGUCUUCUCUGCUGCCUUCAAUCCUUUUGGUGGGAGCAUUCCAGAGACCUUAGGCCGGUUGAAAAGAUUAGAACAAUUUGGCUGUGGUGGUUGUAAUUUAUAUGGAACCAUCCCUCACUCCAUUUACAACCUCUCACUCUUAACUAUUUUUUCCUUGAAUAAUAAUCAACUUAUUGGUAGUCUUCCCUCAGCCAUAGGUUCGAUGCUCCCUCGUCUUGUGCAACUUCAGUUGAGGGAUAACCAACUAGUCGGAAAUCUUCCACCCUCGUUGUCUAAUUCUUCAAAACUACAACUUUUUGAAAUGGGUAACAACAAUUUUAGUGGCAAGUUGGAAAUCGACUUUGCAAGACUAAAAGAUCUCAAUUUUUUAUCCUUAGGGAAUAACAUCUUUGGAUCUCGAGAAGCUGAUAAUAUGAAGUUUAUCGAUACUUUGAAAAACUGCAGCAAAUUAGACACUUUGGAUAUUUUCAAUUGCAGCUUUCAAGGAGAGCUGCCGACAUCAAUCGGUAAUCUAUCUGAUCAGCUAAGUUUUCUAGAGAUGGGAGGAAAUCAAUUUUCCGGAAACCUUCCUUCAUGUAUAGGUAAUCUAGUCGGCUUGACUACCUUACUUUUAGAUAAUAGCCAAUUCACGGGAAAACUCCCCUCCACCAUUGGCAAGCUUCUGAAACUGCAAGUUGCUAUUUUCACCCGGAACCAAUUUUCAGGGCCAAUUCCAGAUACCAUCGGGAACUUAUCAUCAUUGAAUCUACUUGAUUUAGGCUACAACAGAUUGGAAGGCCAUAUCCCAACAAAUAUUCUUCAAGAGGAUUCUAUUGCUACACAACAUACUUUAGCAUAUGCAAACAAGAUAGAGGAUUGCUUGGCUUCAACUGUUAAGAUUGGGGUAUCAUGCUCUGUUGAUUCUCCACCACAAAGGAUGGAUAUCGAAAAUGUUGUUCAUGAGUUGCAGCAUAUUCUGGAAAAACUUCAACAUAUCUGA